AUGGAGGUUGAUGACGGAGCAGAGCUCUGCUUUCCACAACUCCUCAACACCUCCUGCAGGAAGCCAACACUUCCUCGGUCCGAAGCUGUAUUUCUGAACACUCUUCUGUCCUCCAUCUCUCUGCUCACUGUGGCUCUCAACCUGCUUGUCAUCAUCUCAGUCUCCCACUUCAGGCAGCUGCACACACCCACCAACAUUCUCCUCCUCUCUCUGGCUGUCUCAGACUUGAUUGUGGGCCUCCUGUUGAUGCCGUUAGUAAUCCUCAGAAUAACAACAUCCUGCUGGUUUCUUGGUGAUGGCGUGUGUUCUCUGUUUAUGUAUGUAUCAUACAUCAUUCCCUGUGCCUCAGUAGGAGAGAUGGUGCUCAUAUCAGUUGACCGAUAUGUUGCUAUUUGUCACCCUCUGCAUUAUACCACCAGAAUCACUGCGAGAAGAGUUAAACUCUGUGUUUGUCUGUGUUGGUUCUGUUCGGUUUUCUACAGCAGUCUCUUUGUAAAAUAUGGUGUGACUCAACCAGGCAGGUAUAAUUCCUGCUACGGAGAGUGUGUUGUUUUAGUUGACCAUAUCGCAGAAGCAGCUGACCUUGCUUUGACCUUUGUUGUUCCAGUUUCUCUCAUCAUCGUUCUGUAUAUGAGAGUGUUUGUAGUGGCUGUGUCUCAGGCUCGUGCCAUGCGCUCUCACAUUACAGCUGUCACACUCCAAAGUUCAGUGACACUAACAACAAAGAAAUCUGAGUUGAAAGCAGCCAGGACUCUUGGUGUUCUUGUAGUUGUGUUUCUAAUAUGUUUCUUCCCAUAUUAUGGUGUGACUCUUGCAGAGGACAGCUUGCUCAGUACUUAUUUUUUAACCUUUGCUAUCUAUCUGUUUUAUUUUAAUUCAUGUCUAAACCCUGUGAUUUAUGCCAUGUUCUAUCCCUGGUAUAGAAAAUCUGUUAAACUCAUUGUUACUCUUCAGAUUCUGCAGUCUGGCUCCUGUGAGACCAACAUACUGUAG